GUGCGCGUACCAUUUUGAGAAAACCAACAUUCCCAGCAAAGGGGCAUAUGGUGCGCAUGUAAAAGGGGAGGCAGCCAACCGGUUGGACCACUUGGUUGUGAGGAUAAGCCGGAAUAAGAGAAGCGACACGUUUGAGGAGUUUGAGGAGUUUGAGAAGUCGGUGGGGGGGAGAUUGGCGUCCCAUCCGGCGGAUAGCCAAGCCGAAUUGGGGGCAAAGUUUGGCACAAAAGGUGGCGCAAAAAGUGGCACAAAAAGUGGUGCAAAAAGUGGCGCAAAUGGUAGAACAAAUAGUGGCACAAAAAGUGGUACACACUUUGCGGCGAGUUUGGGCCCAAAUGAUGAAGGUGCAAAGCGGGGGAAGGAGUAUCUGCUGAACGAAUUAAACGAGUUUGUCUCCGUGGAUAGGCGGGGAGAGGAAGGUGGCGGUACGGUGAAAUGCUCCACCCAGAGUGAAGACCCCAACGCGAGCGGGCAGGCUACCCCGAGUGGGCACUCCAAGCAGCGUGGCCCCCCCGUGGGCGGCGAUCACGAUGAAGAAAUAAAGCUGGAAAGGCUAUUAAAGAAGAGACAAGGAAUAAAAAAAGACAUCGUAACGAUAACGGAAAAGGCAAAGGAAGAAAUUAAAAAGUUAGUGAAAGAAUAUCGUAGCAAGAAAGAUGAGGACAAAAAUUAUGUUUUAAAAUUAUUUUACAUAAUCAAGGGAUGCAAUGGAUUGACUCACUCAUUCAAUUUCGUCCACAGGAAUGAGCUCCAUGCGAAUGACGAACUCAUUUUCGAAGACGACUGUAGAAAGAACAUCCUCCUAGCGAUUGAUAGCAAGUGUAUCCUGUACGUCAUUAACACGACGCUUGAUUAUUACCGGGACGACCUGACGGAGCGGUUUAUCUUCACGAACCCGAACGUCACGUCCGUGUGUCCCUGCGGCACGAGCUUCCACUUUAAUCGCGGCGGGGGCUGA